CAACACUUGCGUGAGGAUUGUGCUUACAUUAUUUGCUGUAUUAUUGUGGACACAACGCAUACCUGUGGAUAAACACCUCCAUGGUGCAAUUAAAACAUGUUCACAGAUCUUUAGGAAUACUAUUAACCAGUCGAAGCAACUCAUAUGCUGAGAUGGAGCAAAGUGUCACAGACGUUGAGAGGAAUGGAAGCAGGAAACGACAGGUAUUUCAGCGUGUAUUUCAGAAGAUUCGUACUAACCCUGAUUACAGAGAACGAGUCCUGUUGACGAUAUGCAUCUACCUAUCAUUUACGGUCAUUGGAGGUACCAAGGGUCAGCUGGGUCCGGCCUUACUGGACCUGAUUGCCAUAUCCGGUGUAGACCUGGCGAAGGGAGCAUUCAUUGUCACCUCUCUGUAUCUUGGCUAUACCAUCGGAGCCGUGCUGAAUGGCGUCCUGUAUUACCGUUUCCGGCGGACUAGUCUCUUCUCAUUCUGCUGCUUCUGGAUGGGUAUAAUGACCUGCGCCAUUCCUUGGUGUUCAAAUUAUGCUCUGAUGCUAGGAGCGCAUGCUUUUUUGGGCUUAUUUCAGGGUGUAGUUGACGCAGGCGGGAAUGCGGAAGUCAUCAAGUUGUGGACAAAGGACAGCCGAACACUUGUCGUCGGUCUGCAUCUUGUCUUCAAUAUCGGCGGUGUUUUAUCACCAUUAAUAAUCGCUCCAUAUCUAAUGACGAAUGUGGUAGUGCGGAACUCUUCACAUCACGUCGAGGAUCAAGCAUAUGCCCCUAAUUGUACAAACGGUGAUAAUAACGUCUUGAGAUGUUCCGCAAUCAAUUUAUCAACAUCGAACACUACCUUUGAAAAUACCACCAUUUCCAUGUUAGGAGACGGACAAAAAUUCACAUCAAAGAUACACAUCGCCUAUAUUAUAUCGGCCGUUUCCUGUUUGCUGGUGGCCUUUCUCUUUAUGAGCCUCUAUUUUUCCAAGAAAUGGAAAUGUUUUGUUCAUUCUAUUGGUGUAGCAACAGAGAAUGACGGGACAGGUGGUGAAGUAAGUAAAAAGGAAAAAAGUCAAUUAAAACUAACCAGAACUUUCAAAAUUGUUGCGCUAGUUGUCAUGAUAACCAUAUCAACACUAAGCAAAGCGAUAGAUCAUGCUUUUGCUGCGUACCUGUCAGCAUUCUGUGUCGACGCUCUCCAUUGGUCGACACAAAACAGUUCUUAUCUGACGUCAGCGUAUUUCGUGUGUGUGGUUAUAGGCGGAGCGUGUGGAACUAUAAUGACCAAAGUGACGUCACUGAUUAUGUAUGAGGGUUUGCAAGUUGCACUGAUGCUUGUGUCAUUCAUCUGUCUUGCGCUCAGUGUAACACACUCGGCAGCAGCAGGAAUUUGGGUUGCCGCCUCACUUUUUGGAUUUGCAAAAUCUGUAAUAUUCCCUCUAACACUAGCCUGGACAAAUGAUUCAUUUGUGAAAAUUUCAGGCAAAAUUUCGUCCGUAUUUUUUACUUCGACUAUGGCUGGGAGUGUUACAAAUCCUCUUCUGCUGGGGUAUAUAAUGACCAAAUUUUCAAAAAUGUGGUUUUGUUACUUUUUCCUUAUUGAAUCUAUUCUUUUAUUGAUAUUCUAUAUCAUUGCCGUACUACUGACUAAGCAUGCCAAGCACAUAUGUAGGGACAAUGAUAGUGAACAAUUUGAUAUUACAUAAGGAUAUGUGCUACCUUAUUUCGGCAUGUAGGUUUUGAAAGUAAAGAUUACUUUGUUAAUUGGUUCACGAUUGCUUGCAAUGUGCUAGAGAUGCUAGCAUAAGUAAUUAUCAUUGAAUGCAAAUAUUAAAAUGUAUAAAAAGAGGUUACAAAAUCACAGAUAUCCUGUGCAUCGUUGCAUAUUUGUAAUUUUCUCAUGUAGUAUUUUUUUUAUAACGAAUCGUACCCGAGAAAAAUAAUCCAGUCAUUAAAAAGAUUGCUGUUUACGUAAGAAUGUAAGAUAUAUGACUCGUGUUUUUGUAUGGAUUGUGACGUCGUGUUGUUUGUGUGUUGGCACUGGUUAAAUGUUUUUCUAUUUCACUUUACUGGAGGUUUUUAUAUUUGCCAUGAAAACCAUUUUUAAUACAUAAUUAUGUUAAGCUUUCUUUCUUUUAUAUAUAAUAAAUACACAAAUGCGUUACUUUUUAUUUGCUAUAUUGAGCAAUAUUUAAUGGUGCAAUACGAUUUUUAUAAUAGUAGGUAUAAAAAUAAAGCGUACAGCGUUAUCCCUCAGUCUGGGCACGGGAUCCAUCAGUUUUGACUCGGCAUUAUUUAUUGGAAACCCCAUAUUAAUUAAGUUACAUACAAUUGUCUUGACAUCAUGAAAACAGAAAAGAAAGAUACAUUUAUAUCUCCAAUGCUACUAGUUGUAUUCAUAUAUAGCGUACAGGGGAAUCUCUUUGUCUCCUCCAAUCUGGGCACGGCAUGUUUUAUGGGAAAACCAAUAUUAAUUAGGUUGCAUACAAUUCUCUUGACAUCUUGAAAACAGAAAAGAAAGGUACAUUUCAUAUAUAGCGUACAGGGGAAUCCCUUAGUCUCGUCCAAUCUGGACACGGCAUUAUUUAUGGGAAACCCCAUAUUCAUUAAGUUGAUACCAUUGUCAAAUUAAAGUCGUUAUUUUAUGCAUUUUAAUCUGAUAUACUGUCGAUACAAAACCCUAUUCAUCAACACGAGAAGGAGUUUAUUCCAAAAGGGUGAACUUUAUAAAGAUAAUUGAUUGUAUCUACAUGUUUAUAAUUUUUGAAAGUUAAUGAAGUGCUGUCUUAUUACUGCAUACAACCUUGACUUACUGAAUUGUGUAUUUGUGCUUAUCUUAAUCAUGCAGUUUUUUGCAUAGUUGAUUUUGUUGUGUCACAUGUAUAGAUAAUUACUGUGUUUAACAAGUAAUGUUCCGGGUUCGCCGUAAUGUAAUAAUUGCACAAGAACAAAUGACCUUAAUCCCUACAGCGUCGGAGGCCACUUGUAUCUUUAUAUCGAUAUUUUUCAUCUAGAAAAACCAUUUAUGAAGUAUCACUUAAACGGCUAUAUGUAAUUAUAUUAGUGUAAUAGUAAGAUCAUUUUGAGAGUUCCAACUGCUCGCAAAAAAGGAAUUCCUGGUUGAGUUCAGUUCUGGGCUAUGUUCAAUAUACAUAUUUUAAGAUGAGUUUGUUAGCUUUUAGCAUUCUUUAAGCCAUGUGUUAAUGACUUAAAAUGUUUUCGAAUAACAAUAUAAUAAUACACUCCUGGAUAUUUUUUUUAUUGAAUGUUGAUGCUCUUCAAAAUCCUGUUUUGAUAGUUUGAACGUUUUGCAAUGGCCAUGCGAUUUCUACGCAUGGAAAUACAAUUUGAAUGUGCUUUGAUACGUGUAGUAAAUAUAAUGAUAAUGUUAUAGAUACAUCAAUAUACUUUGGAUUAAAUCAUUAUAAUUUCAUUUUUGUACAGGGGUAGAAUUUGUACACGACAGCUUCUAUUCUGCGUCCCUUUUUAUUAUUUACAUUUAAAGGCAUUCACACAAUUCCUGAUACAUUGUAUUUAUAUUUCUAGCAAAAACAUCUUAUGCUAAGAAAGCUCCUGCGUAUAAAAGAUAUAAAUUGUCAAAUAAUGUUGUUGAUGUGUUACAAUUAUGUUAAUAUGCUGAUGUGCUUAUUUAUCUUAUUGUUUCGUGAUGUUGAGAAAAUAUUUGCUUUCAAUAAAAUGAAAUGAUGUUUCCUAAUUAGGCACAAAUGCAGAACUGUUUGAUAAUGAUUAUAGAUACAGCACUUUUUUGUGAAGUAUUGAUAUAUUUCCAAAAUAAGGAGACAAUUCUAUAUAUUUUUAAUGAAUUGGUGCAUCUUAAGGAGUCUUUAAACAUAUUUGUUUCUUAUCCAACCUCUUUCAGCUGCCAUAUUAUAUAAUUUUAUGUAUAUACA